UCACUUCCACCCCCCAAAUCAGAACCCUAAUUUCUCACUUCCACCUUUCUUAACCUUUGAUUCUCAAGCAAUAUCUGAAGGUUCCAUCAAUUCCACUGAAAAUCGAAAUGCUAUAAAAUGUCAUUGUGGAGUUAGCGCUCUAAAUUUGACCGCUUGGGCCAAUCCAAAUGCUGGGAGAAGGUUCUACAAAUGUCCAAGACCCAAAGUUACUAAUUGUGGACAUUGGGAAUGUCAAGACAAACAUCAACUCCCACCAAGGGCAGUAACAAUUAUAUUAGAUCUAAAGAGUAAAUUAGAUAAUAUGAAGGCGGAAAGAAACAAAUUGAAAAGGAUAGUCAAUGAAAUGGAUAUCGAUGAAAGGUUUAAUAUGAGGAGUCUAAUUAAUGAGAUCGAGGAUGUUAGUAUUGAAAGGGACAAUUUGAAGAAGAAACUUGAAGAAAAUGAUUUUGUCAAUCUCCAAGAGGCUGCCAAACUUAGUAUUUUGGAGGAGAAAGUUAAAGAAAUGGAGUUUAUAUCAGCUCAAGAGGCCGGAGCUCAAGAGGCUGGAAGAGUUGUGACUUUGGAGAAGAAAAUCAAGAAGUUGAAAACUAUCAUUUUUAUUUCAUGUGUUUUGUUCCUUGUGUUUCUUGUUGGGAUGAUGAAGUGAAUGUAGUUAUGUAGGUUGUUGGGAUGAUGAAGAAAAUGGUGUUGUUGUAAUGAAGUUCCUUGUGUUUGCUGUAAUAGCCAUAUAAGUUCCUUGUGUUUGUUGUAAUGAAGGUGAUGUAUGAUGUUGAAGUUGUUGUAUUUUGUUGUGGUGUAAUGAAGUUCAUGUGUGAUGUUUUAGUUGGUGUAUUGUGUUGUUUUGUAAUGAUGUCGAUGUAUGUUGUUAAACAUGGUGUAUUGUGUGGUAUUCGAAUGAAGUUAAUGUAUAUUGUACACAUUUC